GUACACAAGUUGGUAUUUAAAGUUGGUCUCCCUAGCAUCACCCGUAAGUAAAAGACCUUCUCCGCCUUUCUUCUCUGUCGGCAGCUCUCCUUUCCCAAACUCCCACCGGCCCAUCAAAACAACCACAGCCACCAUUUUCUCUCUCCCCUUCUCACUCUCUCUCAACGACUCUCAUCUGAACCCUACCAAUUGCAAAUUCGAAUGUUCCAAAAUCUAACCAAAUCGUCAUCAAGACGUAAAAAUUCCACGGGAAACACUAACCCAUAAUCAGGAUCAACCACAGAGAGAGAGAGAGAGAGAGAGAGAGAGAGAGAGAGAGAGAGAGAGAGUGAGUGAGAGAGAAGCUUGAAUUUCGGCUGGGCUUUCUUUGAGCAAACUUAUGUUAUAUAGAGCAUGAUGUUAAUGGUUUGAGAUAAUCGAGAGAGAGAGAGAGAUGGCAUGGAGGUUAAUUCACCAAGAUGCUCUGCCAGUCGCAGCCAUGCUGACAGUGGAAUGCACCAACGUGGGCUUAAACGUCUUAUUCAAGGCAGCCACCUCAAAAGGGCUAAGCUACUAUGUCUUCAUCGUCUACUCUAAUAUAAUUGCCACUCUGGUUCUCCUCCCUCUGUUUUUCAUCUUUCGCAGAACAGGGCUUCCUUCAUUCAACCUCUCUCUGCUCUCCAAAAUUUUCCUCCUCGGACUGAUUGGGUUUUUGGCUGAUAUUUGUGGAUAUAAAGGUCUAAAUUACAGCUCACCAACUCUAUCUUCAGCCAUGAGCAACCUCACUCCAGCAUUUACCUUCAUCCUUGCCGUCUUCUUCAGGAUGGAAAAGCUAGCCUUGAGAAGCUCUAGCACUCAAGCCAAAAUCAUGGGCACUUUGGUAUCAAUAUCAGGUGCACUCGUAGUGGUUCUUUACAAGGGCCCUACAAUUUUAUCCACUGCAUCUACAGUUUUAUCCCCUCCAUCUGCAGUUUUAGGCACGUCAGAAAAAAAUUGGGUUGUUGGAGGGCUACUACUUGCUGUUCAGUACCUCCUGUCCUCAACCUGGUAUAUCCUUCAGACCCAUGUCAUGAAGACGUACCCGGCAGAGAUAGUUUUGGUCUUCUUAUUCAACUUGUGUGGGACAAUUAUAUCGGCUCCAGUAUGUUUAAUUGCAGAAACAAACUUGAGUGCCUGGAGACUAAGGCCUGGCAUAGCAUUGGUCGCCAUUAUAUGCUCGGGAUGCCUUGGCUCAUCUUUCAGCUCCCUUGUGCACACAUGGGGCCUGCACUUGAAAGGGCCUGUGUUUAUAUCAAUCUUCAAGCCAUUGUCAAUUGCCAUUGCUGCUGCUUUCAGUGUCAUAUUCCUUGGUGAUGCCCUCUCUCUUGGGAGUGUUGUUGGAGCUAUAAUACUUUCCAUGGGCUUUUAUGCUGUGAUAUGGGGUAAAGCAAAGGAAGACGAAACGAGUGAAGACUGCCGCUUUGAAAGCUCGAGAGCCUUACCCAUUGCUCUUGGAAAAACCCCUUUGUUGGAAAGCCACAAAGUUGAAAAUAUGUAAAAGAAAAUUGUGUACAGUCUACAGAGAUGAAUACAACUACCAAAAUACAUAUGAGUCCACUUUUUCUGGUA